UGUUGUCAACAAGUAGUCAACCUUGAAAGUAAAACAGUGAUGGAACACUCCAAACAAGCCCAGUACACUUCGAGUGAACACUCAAAGCCGGCUCAGUACACUUCGAACGACAAGACAGACAGCGGGGACAGCAGCUCCGUGCUCAACGGACACUUUGACGGGAUGGUGAAAAGGCCACCUGCUGCUUCCCUGACUGCGGCCACCGAGUGCGGCUCGGACCGGGCGACGGUGAUGGAGAGCUGGAAGGAGGAGCGCACCAGGAGCGUGGAGGACAACGAGAUAAGUCUUCCGUCCCUGGCCGCCGCGUACACCACUAUCCUUAGGGGGCUAGGGGAAGACCCGCAGCGGCAGGGGCUCGUCAAAACUCCGUGGAGAGCCGCGACCGCCAUGCAGUUCUUCACUAAAGGCUACCAGGAAACUAUCAUUGAUGUGCUCAACGAUGCCAUCUUUGAUGAGGACCACGACGAGAUGGUGAUCGUCAAAGACAUAGACGUGUUCUCGAUGUGCGAACAUCACCUAGUGCCCAUCAUUGGCAGGGUUCACAUUGGUUACCUCCCCAACAAGCGUGUCCUGGGCCUAAGCAAGCUCGCCAGGAUUGUUGAGAUCUACAGCCGCAGACUACAAGUUCAGGAGAGAUUGACCAAGCAAAUUGCUGUGGCCAUCACAGAAGCGCUGCAGCCAACUGGGGUCGGCGUUGUCAUGGAAGCAACUCACAUGUGCAUGGUGAUGCGAGGCGUCCAGAAGAUGAACAGCAAGACCAUCACCAGCACCAUGCUGGGAGUUUUCAGAGAAGAUCCCAAAACCCGCGACGAGUUUCUGACGCUGAUCAGGAGCUGAAGUUCCUCCUCCGCCUGUUGCUAACGGUUAUCUCCGUUUGCACAGGCCAACUGAUGUGCGUCUGUGUAUGUGUGUCCAACUAUGUUGCCUUUUUAAAACUAGAUAGUACAGUAGAUCCCCUGGGAGUCUUGAAACGUAACCCCCGUAAAUAACUUCUAACAAACACGACUGUCGUUGAAUGACGGAGGUCUCACUCCCAUGUCGUUUUGCACCACAAAAAAGUGAAACAAUUCUUGGGUUGGGGGUUUGCAUAUAUAUUUAUAGAUAGAUAGAUAGAUAGAUCGUACUUUAUUGAUUCCUUCAGGAGAGUUCCCUCAGGAACAUUUAAAUUCCAGCAGCAGUGUACAAAAUUGAGAUCGAAUUUAAAAAGUAAAAAGUAAAUAAUGGGGGUAUAAAUGAAAACAAUAUAGAAAAAUAUUACAAUAGAAUAAAAAUAAAAAGCAACAAUGAGAAUAAAAAUAUAACAGAAAAUAAGAAUAUAACAAGAGAAACUAGGCAGUAGUAACCAUGUUAUGAAAAAGUAUUGCACUGUUAUUGUUUUGCAUCCCCUGUCAUCCUAGUACCCCCCCUCCCUCCCAGAAAGGAGUUGUACAUUCUAAUGGCGUGUGGGACAAAGGAGUUUUUUAGUCUAUUAGUCCUGCACUUGGGAUGAAGCAGUCUAGCACUGAACAGGCUCCUCUGGCUACUGACAACGGUAUGCAGAGGGUGACUGGCAUCAUCCAGGAUGCUCACUAGUUUUUCCACAGUCUUCUUCUCUGCCACCGUCACCAGUGAGUCCAGUUUUAUUCCGAUCGUAGAACCGGCCCGCCUGAUCAGUUUCUCCAGUCUGGAGCUGUCCUUCUUAGAUGUACUCCCCCCUCCCCCAGCACACUACGAUGUAGUACAGAACACUGGCAACCACAGACUGGUAGUAAAUCCACAAGAGUUUUUUUUUUACAGAUUUCCUCUUUGAGUAAUGCCCUGAGAAUACAAGGACCUGCAUGAAUGAGGAUACAAAACUUUAAAAUGCCUCUAGAAAGUAUUAAACACAUUUUAAUUCAGUAUUAUGCACACACAAAAAUGACAGGCACACAGUAUACAGUAUUGUACUCACAAAACAUUCAAUUACAUCAGUGUUAAAGCAUCUUUCCGCUGGAAAAUGUUGUAGUGAAUUGACUGGUGAGACAGCACACUCUUUUUUUUUUAAUCUAUUUUCCUCUGCGUAUAGUGCCAUCAACCACUUUCUAUUAAAACCCUCAAUUGUUUACAAUUCAAAUCAGAGAAAAUACAUUUUAACUGCGGGGAUCUACUGUACAUAUAUUACUGAUGAGGUUUGUAAGGUCAAAUUGUGGGACUCCAUAAAUGUAGUAACUUGUGGGGUUUGAAUUCUUUCUUAAGUAAGCAUUUAUUGCCUUUAUUGCCGUCAUGGUGAGUGUUGGUGUGUGUUUUCAACUCAAGAGGAUCGAGUGCUCUUGACUUGGAUUAUAGUAGUUUUAAUCAAGUGAAGUUACAGUAGUACAUAUUUCUCUCAUUCUACAGAGAGAUAGACUUGAUUGACAUUCUGCCUGCUGUUUAAAUCAACACACUGCAAUUUUACAUAAUCGUUUAUAAGACAGUUAACAUAGUUAACAUUCAUAUUUUAAAUUAGACUCUAAGCAUGUGCAUUAUUUCAGAAAAUACCUUGAAAAAGACCUUUAAAAAAUACUAUAAAUCUGGAUUUUAAAAGUAAGUACUUGUCAAUACUGGAAAUCACAAAAAUGUUUUUUUGUACAGCUGAUUGAAAUAAAGUUAAAGUUAAAGUUAAAGUACCAAUGAUUGUCACACACACACUAGGUGUGGCGAGAUUAUUCUCUGCAUUUGACCCAUCACCCUUGAUCACCCCCUGGGAGGUGAGGGGAGCAGUGGGCAGCAGCGGUGGCCGCGCCCGGGAAUCAUUUUUGGUGAUUUAACCCCCAAUUCCAACCCUUGAUGCUGAGUGCCAAGCAGGGAGGUAAUGGGUCCCAUUUUUAUAGUCUUUGGUAUGACUCGGCCGGGAUUUGAACUCACAACCUACCGAUCUCAGGGCGGACACUCUAACUACUAGGCCACUGAGUAUAAAAUAAUAUAGAAUAGUUGUCAUAAGACAGCAGUUUUGUCAGAUGGAAAAUGACAAAUUAUAUUGAGUUAUUGUACUUAUCAUACUUGACGUUCCUCAGGACCAUUUACUAUAGUAAAACAUUUCCACAAGCAGUGUAUAUAUAUAUAUAUAUAUAUAUAUAU